UUGUGUUCAACACAAAUAUCACAAGCUGCAGCUCAGCAGGGGGAACCCAGGAGAGAUGGAAGCAGUAUGGAACACCUUUUCGUCGGUGGAAACAUUUUUCAGAGAAACACCUUGCCCGAUGCAGAACACGGACUUGAUCAGCACUUCCGGCUAUGACUGCAUCGUGCAGCGCACGAACGAAGGCAGGAAGAGCUGCAAGGAAUUUGAAGACUUCUUGAAGGACAGAGCUGCCAUAGAAGAAAGAUAUGGAAAAGACCUUGUCAGUUUGUCAAAGAAGAAACCCUGUGGCCAGACAGAGCUGAACACUCUGAAAAGAGCCCUGGACAAUUUUAAGAUGCAGGUGGAAAAUAUAGGCCAGAGUCACAUCCAGCUGGCCCAAACACUCCGAGAAGAAGCGAAGAAAAUUGAAGACUUCCGGGAGAAGCAAAAAUUCCACCGUAAAAAGGUUGAGCUGAUAAUGGACGCUAUUCAUAAAACCCGGAAUUUGCAGUUCAAAAAAACCCUAGAAGCCAAGAGACUCUACGAACAGCGGUGCCGGGACAAGGAUGAGGCGGAGCAAGCGGUCCACCGCAACGCCAACCUGGUCACCCAGAAACAACAGGAAAAGCUCUUUGUCAAGUUGGCUCAGACAAAGACAGCCCUGGAGGAUUCAGACAGGGUGUAUCAGAUGAACGUUGCGGCUGUGGAGAAGAUCAGGGAAGAAUGGCAGAACGAGCACAUCAAGGCCUGCGAGUUCUUCGAGAGCCAGGAGUGUGAACGGAUAACCUAUUUCCGGAACGCCCUCUGGCUUCACGUCAACCAGCUCUCUCAGCAGUGUGUCAAGAACGAUGAAUGCUACGAGGAAGUCCGGAAGAGCCUAGAAAUGUGCAGCAUCGAAAAAGACAUUCAGUGCUUCGUAAACAUUCACAAAACAGGAACCUUCCCGCCAACUCCCGUGACCUAUGAGAAUUAUUACAACACCCAGAAGAAUUCAGGCUCUGGAAGAAAUCAAGCCCCGGCAUCAGGAAUGGGGAGGAGGCCACAGUUACCAGUACCAUCCAGCGGGUCAGGAGACCCUGAAUACUCUACGGUGGAUGGAUACAGUUUAAUACAACAUCACUAGCAUGGAAAGAAUCUGAAGCCUUUUUGUCUAACUGUACCUCCGUGAGGGAAGAAAAAAAAAGCAAAGAGUGAUCCAGAUGAUGUUAUCGAAACCUGAGGUUUCCUCCCCAAAAAGUGACUUCUCUUCGGCUGGACUUAUUCUCCGUCUCACAACCAUAACGAGGCGCUUUCCACACAAGGAAGAAGAUACACAGAAGAGUGAUUUUUAAAAGAACUACCACAAAAUGCCACCAGAAACUAUGAAUUUUAAUUUUUUUAAAAAGCAAAGUUCUGCAGGGGGGGAGUCUCUUUGUGCAAUUGUCAGUGUACGGCCUCUGGAAUGCCAAAUCUGGAUGGGGAAGUUCCAGGCUCAAAUCCAUACCUGGCUGUGGACCUGAGUAAACGGCCUCCAGAGAAUUCCUAUGUCUAGCUUACCUCACAGGUCGCUGUGAGCAGUGGUGGGAUCCAAAAAAUUUAGUAACAGGUUCCCAUGGUGGUGGGAUCCAAACUGUGGCG